UUUGCUAAAAGAGUUUCCUGUCUUAGAAGAGCUUAUUGCUUCCCUUUGAACAUAGGAGUUAAGAAAAGGAUACCAUGAGAAAUGUACAGUGAAGACACAGCUUAAGAAUUUUUGUUGUUCGAGUUCCAUAUGUCAAAUUCCCAGAACUUCACAUCUUCCAUCAUUUUCCUGCUAACUGGUGUUCCUGGGCUGGAAGCCUUCCACACCUGGAUCUCCAUUCCCUUCUGCUUUCUCUAUGCAACUGCCCUCUCAGGGAACAGCCUGAUUCUCUUCGUCAUUACCACACAGCCCAGUCUCCACGAACCCAUGUAUUAUUUCCUCUCCAUGCUGUCCACCACUGACCUUGGGCUGUCCAUAUCCACAUUGGUCACCAUGCUGGGUAUAUUCUGGUUCAAUGCCAGGGAGAUCAACUUCAAUGCCUGCUUGUCACAGAUGUUCUUCAUUCAGCUCUUCACUGUCAUGGAAUCCUCGGUGCUGUUGGCUAUGGCUUUUGAUCGUUUUGUGGCCAUCUCUAAUCCCCUUAGGUACGCCACUAUUUUAACACACUAUAGAAUAGCUCAAAUUGGAGUGGCAAUUGUCAUCAGGGGGACACUAGUACAGGCUCCUCUUGUAGUACUUCUUAAAAGACUGUCCUAUUGCCGUAGCCAUGUGCUCCUCCACUCCUAUUGCUUCCACCCUGAUGUGAUGAAGCUCUCAUGCACAGACACCAGGAUCAACAGUGCAGUUGGGCUGACUGCCCUAAUUACCACUGCUGGUGUGGACUCGGUCUUCAUUGUGCUCUCCUAUGUUUUGAUCAUUAGGACUGUCCUCAGCAUUGCUUCUCCUGAAGAGAGGAGGAAAGCCUUCAGCACGUGUGUCUCCCACAUUGGGGCUGUGGCUGUGUUCUACAUUCCAUUGAUCAGUCUGUCCUUUGUGCACAGAUUUGGGAAAGGAGCCCCACCAUAUGUACAUACACUGAUUGCCAAUGCCUACCUGUUGAUCCCUCCUGUAAUGAACCCCAUCAUCUACAGUGUGAAGACCAAACAGAUACGCAAGGCUGUGCUAAAAGUUCUCCAUUCAAGGGUGACAAAGACCUAG